UGAGGCCGCGUCUUCCGGGACUUGUGCUUUGCAGUUUCCUUCCCGACCCAGGGUGAAACUCCUGAGCCUGAGACCAGAAGUGCAUGUCAAGAUGGAAGUGAAUCCCCCGAAACAGGAGCACCUGCUGGCGCUAAAAGGUCCUGUUUCUUCUGAUUUGGCAAGAGAGACAGUCUUGUAAAUAAUAAAUUACAUUCUAGCUCUGAAGAAUUCAGCUAAGACAUUUUCUUUUCACUAAGAGUUCAUGGAUCACUGCAGAAUGACUACUGAAGUAAUACUACAUUAUCGGCCAUAUGAAAAAGAUCCCACACAACUGGCAAAAAUUGCAGAAAAGGCAAUUCAAGACUUUCCUACUCACCAGCUAUCAAGAUUUAUUCCUUGGUUUCCACAAGAUGGGUCCAAACUUCCACUCAAGCCUAAAAGACUACCACCAGUAGUUUCUGGAGAGGCUGCUGAGAAUGUGAAACAGUAUAUAACCGUUUCAGAACCUAGUGUUAAAUCUCAGAGCUAUGAUUGCACAGUAGAUCUUUUGGAGUUUCAACCUAGUUUGAAAACGCAGCACUUAAUCCAGUCACACAUGCUGAAUGAACAGAAUAAUCCUGGAAAUGUGGAUAGAAAUUCAGAUAAAGGGAAACUGCACAGAAAGAGAUCCUGGAGCAUUUCACUUGCCAGCAAACACUGUCCAAAAAAGAAUUUUCCUUUGUCUGAACAAUUGCAAGCUAUUUUAAGGACACUGCAUUUACAUUCCCUUCAUAGAGCAAGAUGGACAUUAGAAUACAGUGCUUGCAACAACCAGACUCUAGAAGACAUUUGGACAAAACUCAAUCACCUCAUCAGGCAUAAUGAACUUCCUUCCAGUAAUGCCACUAUCCAGAGACAGUUAGGCCAGAUAUGGGUGUUCUGUGAUAUUAUGUACUGUGAAUAUGUAGGAAAUCUUCUUAAAGAGAGAUUAUCUCUUAUUGGGAAAAUUCAUUUAUUUGUACGUAAAUAUGGUGUUAUUUUUAGCAUGUAAUGAAUUCUGAUUAUCAGAAAAAAAUAUUCUGAAUGAAAUGAAUAUGGACUGAAAUUAUAAAAUGAAUAAGUUUUGUCAUUACAUUUUUAAUGACUUAAGAUUUUAUGCUGUGAAGAAAUAAUUGUCUACUAUGUAUACAGUUUGUAUCCAGUAUAUAAAUGUCACAGAAUUCCAAAGCUUUUCAGUCAAGUAAGGAACAUUUUAGAUUCUGUUUAUUAGUGUUCUUUGAAGUAAACUGUGAUGAAUUAUUGUUUGCUAAAAUUGAGUGUGUUCUAGUCUUUGUCACUAUUGACUGAGUUUAAAUGAAUGGGUUGAAUUUUAAUGAAUCCUUAAAAAUCUAUUUUUUAGCUCACCUAACUAUAAUACUGGAUGUGUAUAAAAUUAAAAGACUUAACACCAGUA